AUGGAGUACCGUCUCUGUUUUAAAGAAACAGAAGGGAGCUCACAGUGCCAAGGAACCAGGAGCUCGUGCACUGGUUGGACCCCCAGUCCGUCCUGGACCCACCGCUUCCGAGAUGACACCGACAACAGAGGCGGCGGAUGUCGUUACGCUUGGAAGAUCGAGUCACGUUGUCCUAAGCCGAGGGAGUCCAUUCAGGUGUGUCGCGUAUGCUUUAAGGAAGUCGAGGGCAGCUCUCAGUGUCGGGGAAAUCGUCAAAGUUGCAGCGGAUGGAGCGCUCCGGGCAGUCCGAAUCCCUCGUGGACCCUGCCUUUCCGUGAUGAUACCGACAACCGUGGCGGAGGUUGCACUUACCAGUGGUUUCUCGAUUGU